CGUAUCUGUGUAUCCCUGUUCGUCGUGGCGUCUUCAUCUUUUGUAUCUGGUCCCCAAUGCUACCCCCUUCGUCCAGUGGACUGUUGAUCAACGAACAUCCACUAUUUGACCAGGGUCACUGUCGAACCAAAUAACCAAAGCUGCUUGGUCGUGGCGACGUUCCACUAUACUUUCAACCCAAUGAUUCAAAGGAGGAGCAAUCUUCCGCAUCGAUUCAGCUGCUUUGAGCCAGACGAGGCGAUUCAAUUGGAGAGACAUAGACUACACCCUAAAAGAACUACCAACAUCAUGGAAAUUUUCUACAUUCACGAUACUGAGGCAUCCGCUUUCGUAGCUGUUCAUAGAUGCGAAAGAUCUUGAUCCAACAUGUGAUUUCUCGCGAACGAGACUGCCCCUGCGAUCCUUCUGCGAUCCUUCUGCGAUCCUUCUGCGAUCCGAUCACUUCAAAGCUGAGGACAACAUUGUCCACUGGUCAAUGUCUCUCAAUCAGAGACUCUCAAGUGGAUUGAUGCCAUUUUUGUGUACCCUUGUCCGAAAACCUCGGGAAGGCAUGCAUACUUCUGUUUGCAGUUGGGAGUGGAUCAAUAUCUGCCCAGCCCACGAAUGGUCUCUAUGUUCUCGAACCUAGGAUAAGGAGCGAAGACGAGAUACAUCCAUCUUCAGAACCUAAAUGGCACUUGUAUCCAAGUGGGCCAUGGGUCCACAGAUUUUUUUUGGUAGAGUUCGAGACCAAGAGAGAAUGUGCCAUUUGAGGUGGCUGGAAUUGAGUCCAGCUUCACUCUUAUGAAAACUUCUAUCACCAAGGACAUUGGCUUCACUAUUGGUGUUUUAUGUUCAGUUUUCUUCAUAGCUGUUGAUCGGCAAUUUGAAAUUAGUACCACAUAUUUGGCUACUCAGUUGUUAUUCAAUUGUUUCUCAAGUCAGUCAUGGCGGAUCAUAGUGAUGCUCGUAGACUCGAGGUCAGCCAUACGCAUGAAAGCAAUGCACCGUCAACUGUUGGCAUCGAGUCUAGCAACCCUUUCGCCGACAAUGAAGCUCUAUCGACAUCUGAAAGCUCGUCUCGUCACUCGGAAUCGAUCCCGAUGACACCACUGCCUACUGUAGCGUCGACUACCCGAACGCAACAACUUGAAGAUACAGUUUUUCCGGUUUCUCUUCCGAGAGAGGAGCUUUGGGAAAAGAUUGAAAUGCCUCAGCAGACCCCCGAAAAUUCCACUGCGCAAGACAAAACGAAAACCGAAACAAAUGCUCCUACUGUUGAUCCCGCGCCGAAAGGAUUCUGGUCUCGCCAAUAUGAAGUAUUCCGCGCGACUUACGCCCCCCUUGAGGAUCCUACUCUCAUUCUUCCAUCUGGAACUACAGAUGAAGAGAAGUACGGGUACUUGAAGACCAACAGAUUUGGUUUGUAUCUUGUAGGGGUCUUCUCGUUCUUGACUUUGUCUGCGGGAAUGUGGCUAUUUGUUGUCACAUCUGUAUACUUUUACUGGUUCGGACUCUUCGUCGCCCUUCUCGAAGUCUACCUCAUGAUCUCGUACACAAUCACCCUGGUCGGAAAGGAUUACGACAUCGAGAGCCACAACAGAAUUCUGACAGAGUACCCAAUCACUGAUGAAACCGCCCCUACCAUCGACAUCUACUUGCCUUGCUGCAAGGAGCCAAUGGAAAUCUUGGCGAACACCUAUAUCUAUGUCAAGCAGUUACAAUGGCCAGCCGAAAAAAUCAAAGUUUACGUCCUGGAUGAUGGCGCUAUGGACGCAGUCAAGCAGCUCGCAGAAAGUUAUGGCUUCGAAUAUAUUGUGCGGGAAGAUAGGCCAAGACUCAAGAAGGCCGGCAAUCUUCGAUGGGCUUUCACUCGCACGUUUGGAGAUUUCUUCGUGAUCUUCGACGCCGACUUCUGUCCACGAUCUGAUUUCCUGCUCGAGACUGUUCCACAACAUCUUGCUGACCCCAAGAGUGCAAUCGUUCAAACUCCUCAAUUCUUCCGCGUCACAGAAAAUCAGACCUGGAUCGAGCAAGGCGCAGGUGCAAUCCAGGAGCUUUUUUACCGAGUUGUCGAAGUAAACCGCAAUCGCUGGGGUGCAUCCAUCUGCGUUGGCAGUAACGCUGUCUAUCGACGCGAGGCACUUGUUGAAGUUGGUGGAACGGCCGAGAUCGGCUUUUCAGAAGACGUUCAUACCGGGUUCUAUGCCGUCGACCGAGGCUGGAAAGUCAAAUACGUCCCUCUCUGUCUCGCAUGUGGAGUUUGUCCUGACACGCCACACGCCUUCUUUUCGCAACAAAUGCGAUGGUGCAUGGGCUCUACGACUCUUCUUACAAACCCGGAUUUCUGGAAGUCAAACCUCAACAUUGUUCAAAAACUCUGUUAUAUGUCAGGCAUGAUGUACUACUCCGCCAUAUCCAUCAGUAUCUUCAUCAAUCCUAUGCCCGGUAUCCUUCUCCUCUGGGUCCGUCCAGAAUUCUUCAAGUACUACAAUCUUGCCUUCGCCGCGCCAUCCGUCAUCUACUCGCUUAUCGCAUUCCGUUUCUGGGCUAAAGCAAAAUACGGACUCAAUGUGCAAUUUAUUAUGGUGAUUCAGUCAUACGCAUAUCUCACUGCGAUCAAAGAUCGCAUCUUUGGAAGAGCUUUGGCAUGGGUCCCUUCGGGAGACAAUGCGUCGCAUCGCAACAACAAGUAUCGCAAUAUGCGUAUCUUAGCUUGGUGUUGGAUAUUCACUUACAUUGGCGCUUUGAUCGGUGCGCUGAUCUAUCGGUGCUUAACUGACAAAAGCUUCGAGCUGUAUAAUGCUGUUCCAUUGAUCGUUUUGGAUUCAAUGAAUCUAUUCUUCGCCCACAGAUUCUUGUUGUGUGUUGAGAAGAAGCGUAGUUAGGCUAGAUUAAAAGAGCUGGCUUCCAAGGGACGACAGAAGAUGCUUGAUGCUAGAAAAGGAGGGGAUUUCUGAUAUUUUUUUUGAUUGCAUAGCUUGGUGUUACCUUUUGAAUUUAGAACAAUAGAACAUAGACAAAUAGCAUACAUAAAAUCUUACACUUGAUCAUCCCUG